AUGAUUGAGAUUGUGGCGGGUGGAGAGCAGGUAUUAAAAGAGCCAUCACCGGUAGAAGGAGCGAUCUCGAGGGAUCAUCAACAUAUCUCGGGGGAUUGUCAACAUAAGUCAAAACCUCAAGAUGAGGCUGAGGGACCGAUUGAUCUUGGAAUGUAUGACAAAUAUCUUCCUCGUGAUCCCAGCCAUUUAGAUGCGGUGAAAGACAUGGAAGGUCAUGCGCCCCAAUGGUACGACAGCUUCGUCUCAUCAUAUGUUCCUCAUAUACCGAAUUCUCACCAGGUGCCAGAAUCGACGAUGCGAGCAGCGGUUAUGCCGAAAGCUAUGAUCGGCCUAAGUUAUGACAAUUUGAACAAAGUUAGGACAAAGAGAGAUAUAAGGGGCGCAAGUCUAGACCUCCAGUUUUUCCACCCUUUAUUUUUCUCAAUGGAAGAGUACAGAGGGAGAAAACGUAUGUCGUCUGUGCCUCAAUUUGGAGCAUGGGAUGGAAAGAGCGAAACAAAUUACUCGGUCGUAUUCUCGCAAGCUCGUGCCAAUAGAAGGUUGGCUCGGCACAGCCUUGGUCACGAGCGAGAACUCCUAAGGCAACAAUACGAGAAUUCCGUAAACAUUCAUGACCUGCACAAAAAGGAGAAAAAGAAAAAGAAGAAGAAGAAGAAGAUGGGGUCAUGCCUAAGUUGUUUUAUUAGGAUUUGA